AUGGGAGACUACAACAGUUCAGGCACCCUACCGCGCCAUGUCGAUCGAAAAGCCCUUUAUACGGAUCUUGAAGCUCGCGUUCGCUAUCUACAGCAGUUUAUUGGCUUCACUGCCGAUGAUGUUAUUGCACUAAACCGAGGAUCCAAGUACAUCAAAGCACUAGCUCCCACCCUUGUCGAUCGCGUAUACUCCAAGCUGCUGGAGGCUGAUAUCACAGCCCGCGUAUUCCAGACACGGAGCACAACAUCGGAGCUGGAUGUUGAUGAGUAUCCCGAGUUCAAAAGCCCUUAUAUGCAAUGCCGCCGAAUGUUCCUCCGCUGGUAUAUCACUCGAAUAUGUUCUGAUCCAACGAAGAUUGAAUUCUGGGCGUACCUCGAUAAAGUCGGGCGUAUGCACCGGGGCAAAGACCGCAUGAUCUCCUUUGACGUGGAAUAUAUACAUAUCGGCGCUUGUCUUGGCUACAUUCAAGAUGUGCUCAUCGAAGGAGUCAUGGGGUGCGAGAAGAUGUCCCUCCCCUUCCGAGUUGCGCUGGUUCGAGCGCUGGGGAAAGUCAUCUGGAUCCAAAAUGACCUGUUUGCUCGGUGGCGAGUUAGGGACGGCGCUGAAUUUGAGAUGGAGAUUGAGGCAGUUCACGAAAAUCAAGAACCGAUAUCGAGGGCAGCUAGUGCUAAUGCGAAUACACGCAAUCGCCGGGAUGGGGAGGCAAGCAGCGUACGGAGUACCUGGUCUUCCCGGGGAGAUUCAGCCAGCAUCUUCUCCGACCAUCAAUCUACUGCACCCACGUCAAUUAACAUUGGAUCACAGGAAGUGGCCGCGGACUAUCCGGCUUGUCCAUUUUCGCCAGACCAUGCGCCGUCUUAUGAAACAAGAGUGUGGUCUGAUGCAGAUUCUGGCCGCUGCUCUCGGUGA